AGUCAUAGAUGGAAAUCCGUGUGAGGUGGUUGUUGGAUCGUUCUCUAACCCAUCUGCCAUCCCUGACUGUGUGUGCUUCCACUUUUGAGGGUGCCACACCGGAACAGUUUGUGCUAAUUGAAUUAAUUUCACCAACACUGUGUGGUCACUUUGUCCAGUAAUUCCCUCGUAUGUUCUAUCCCAAAAGCAAUCCCAUGGACAAAUACCCAAACAAGUGGGUGGUUAAUUGAACUUGAUUGCUUUUGCUGAAAUUGCGUGAAUUUUCUCUUCUUUCGGCCAGACGAGGUGAAAUUAUUAGAAAACUUCCAAGGUUUUUCCCGCAUCCCUAUUUCCAAUAUCAUUUUUGUGUAUCUCCCUUUUGUAGCAAAAUUGUUUUCCCCCCUCUGGUACGCUCAAUAACAGAAAAUUGGAAGAUUGGCAAGAAAAAAAAGCCAGGACAUUCUCAGGAGAAUCCCUUGAGGUGUGGAAUUCUUAAGACAGGAAUAGAGGACACACAAAAAGGGUCCCUUCCAAAACAAAAAAAAAACUACUUUUCUAAUUGAGAGAUAGAAAAUGCGAAGGAGUAAAUUUUGUGUCCAACACGCAAAAGUUGAUCUCAAUUAAAUGUGGUAUCUUUGCCAUCAUUAAUCCUUAAGCCACUCUUGUCAGUGUUUUUUUUUGCUCCUACGUCUUACGUCGUGGUUCUUUGGAGAAUCUUAUCAGAGAAGAGAAAGUGUGUGAAAGGACUGGAGAAAAAGCGGACGAGAAGAUGAAGGCAUUUGUGGGGAGAAAAAGUGGUUGGAGUGUUGAAAUUUGUUCAAUUCUCAUUCUGAUGAUUGCUACAAAAUGUUUGGCAUCAUCAUCGUCCACAUCAUCGGAGGAGGAGUCUACUGAAUCCACAGAAUUACCAUCUACCGUGGAACCGGAUGCUGCUCCGGGGUGCAAUCCACCGAAAAUAAUCAGACCACGGCGUGAAGGAACGAGUACUGUAUCCCCUAUAAUGUCCAUCGAGACGACACAGAUUUACCUGCCGGAGGAUUUUACGACAGCGGAUCUAGAGUUUGUGGACAGUGGGCAUGGGGGUGGGAAAUCCAUGGCGUCGACACGUGAUAAUUUGCACGAAGGCGAGCCAUCUGAGUCGCGCUAUACAAACUUUUCGCCGUAUUCACUGAACCAGCAGAAGAAUCGCGAAAAGCGCCAUGGACGGCUAAAGCGUAGCCUGCCCAUUGUGGAGAAGGAGGCAGCCGAUGCCCAUAUUUAUAUCCAAUCGGCAGAUUUAGUUAGUAGUCUCGCCUCGGGCGAAACAAAUAAAUCCAGAGGCGAGAGUGUGUAUUAUGGAUUGAACAACAAUGGUAAACAUGGUGUGUAUAAUGAAACAUCAGACGCACAUAAAUCGAAUGGAUCAGACACAGAUGCUAGCCAGCCACAUCAAAGAGUGAAGAGAAAGUCGGGAAAAACCACAGGCGCGCUCAGUCGCCCCAAACCCGGACACUCGGAUUCCAGCUCCAAAAGUACCAACCGGAAAAUGAUAGCGGGACCAGACGAUGGCAGUGAAGAUCAUCGACUACCGUAUCCUGGUGAGUAUUCGGAAUCGAGUGAGGAGGAGUCUGAGGAGGAUGCUGAAGAGAAGGAAAUCAAUCAGUUCCGCAUCGUGAGUGAAAUUCGCUUCCCAAGUGAAAUUGGACCACUUGGCGAUCGAAGACUAUGCAAGAUUAAGUGUGUUAAAGGAAAGUGGGUUGGGCCACUAUGUGCUGCAUCAUUGGACGAAGAUGAAUACGGAAAUUUCAAAUUUCAACCACUCUACAAAAGCUGUCACGUCAAUCGGAUUCCACCUCAUUUACUUUUGAGCUACAGAAAUGUUUCAGUGACCGUUGGCUGGGAUCUGCCCCAUGGACACUCACUCCAGGCACGCUGCAAGGACUUGGGCAUGUACAAACUUCUGGGGGAGUCUCGUGUUUUGUGUUCCAACGGACUCUGGGCACCACGAAUGCCGUCAUGUGUACCAACAACACUUCUCACCAACUAUUCAGAUGACAGUCCACCGUCCAUACGGAUUAAGGUGGGUGUUGGUUCGGGUGCUUUUGAACCGAGUGGGGUGCUGGCUGUUCUACCCAGGAGCACAAUUCAUCUUGACUGUAUGUAUCCGAGAAAUCGAGGAACUCCUGAAUGGACAUGGAGCGGCUACUUUCGUCAAUAUCUCACCGGGUGGUCGACAAUGCCAGAAGAAAAGGCUACCAAAUACCGUCUUACGAUUAAGGAUAUUCAGAAUCAGGAUUCCGGUACAUAUACUUGUGCCUCACCACGUGGAUUGACCAAUAGCAUUGUGAUUGUUGUUGCUGUGUCUCAGUGUCCAAUGGUACCGGAUCCACAAGCUCCCCUUCAGCUACGCCUCGAAGGAACGAAGCUUGGCCAGAGAGCACUGUACCGAUGUCCACUGGGAUACAAUCUCGAUGGAGUUGCCAAUUCCACGUGUCUGGCAUCCGGCAAUUGGUCAUCACCACCACCCACCUGCUUGGCUGUUCAGUGUCCAUCGCUCUACCUCGAGGAUCCCCAUCUCAGUCUCGUGGAAUUGAAUACAUCCGCCUGGGGACGGGCGGUAUUCAAGUGCUCCUGGGGCUAUCGUCUCAGUGGACCACCGGGAUUGGAGUGUGAACCAUCUGGUGUUUGGAGUGGACCAGUUCCCCGAUGCCGAGCAAUCCAGUGUCCGCAACCUCUCGUACCGAUAAAUGGUCGUAUUGAUGGUACAAGUGGCUCCAACAGCCAACGACGUUACCCUGUCGGCGCCCUGGUCAUGUUCAGCUGCACCGAGGGACACAUCCUGGUGGGUGAGGCGAGUAUUGUUUGCGCCGAAACUGGGUUGUGGUCUCAACCACCUCCAUUCUGUAAAGCUCAGUGUCCAUACCCUGGAGAUCCACCCAAUGGUUUAAUCGCCCCAUUGAAAUUUCAUUAUGAUCCUGGAGAUUAUCUCAGUGUCCAGUGUCGUCCUGGCUUUGUGGAGUACGGGGCCAAUGGUCCACCUGAACGACCACGUUGCCUGCCGGAUGGGAAUUGGUCAUCACCUGUGCCACAGUGCAAAAACUACGAAGAUGUAUAGGAGUAAGGAAAAUGGACAUCUUCCCCAGGGCGCAGUAUAUUUUCCUCAAGAGUCAUCUCUUCAAGCCGGGGAGGGUUAGUAAAAGAAUUCCCCGGCCUGAAGGGAAGGAAAGGUGUAGAGAGAGAAAGCUAAGGAGGAUAAGGUAAGGGUAGAGUGAGAAUAAAAUGUUCCACGGAGACAUUCUAAACAAGAAAAAAAAACACAAAGGAAAAAUAAGGCGAAAAGAUGAGAGGAAAUUCAUGUAAAAAGGAGAAUAUUUUUUGUAAAUUAAGCAAGCAGGGUGAUAAAUAUGGUUUUUAGAGAAUGAUUGAUGAAGAAAAAGAAAUAAAAGAAGUCAUCUUUUAGAGAUAGGCAACAGAUAAAAUCCCUCAUGCAAAUAUCAUCCCACAAAUAUUGCACCUCCCAAAGAGCGUUUAUAAUCCGAAGCAAAACUGACCAGAAACACUAUAAAUUCCCUUGUACAAAGGAGAAUUUUGAUCAUCCUAGCCCACUGUGUACAAAAUCAUCCCAGGCGAUCUCUUGUACUUAAUCCUAUUGAAAAUAUUAUUCCCCAGAAAUUGCACAACAAUUUCAAAAUUCAUAACUUGCACCGAGCUUUCCAUCUCAAUUUUCAUUGCAGUAUUCUGCGUAAUCAGGGGGAGAUAUUUAGCUUUUCCACCACAGCAAUGUUACCAUAUCGUCAACGUCAAUGAAGAGAAAAGGUUUUAGGAAUCUUCUUAUAGUCUCACUACUUGUGUUUUCAAUUUAUAUGCAGAAAAUACAUAAUCUCUCAAUCAUUUUUCCGUGUAAUUUUGCACAUAUUACUGCUCACUCAAUAAACGAUAAUAGAAGCUUUUACUUAUUAAAGCUCAUAUUUCAACGCUACUCCUGAUGAUGGUUUUUGCGUAAGAUGUUCAUUACUGAAAGCACGAAGACUGUUGAGUUAAUGAACAUGACUCAGCUCACGUGUUUCCAUCUCUUAAUAGUUCCAUUUCUUCAUUUCAUUAUGCAUCUUUAAGUAUCUUGUAUGAUACAAGAUAUUUUCUCUCUCAACUUGUCUAAUUAUUUAAUUAGGUAAAGAGGUUAUUGCGGAAUUUGAGGUUAUACGCGAUCUAACCUCAAAAAGAAGAUAUUCAAAGUUGUGGAAGGAAUAAAAAUUUCCACACAGAAAAAAAUCAUAAAAUUGUUCAUUAAAUGUUUGUAAAUUCCUAUUCGUUACUUAUGAAAUGCUCGUAAGUUAUAUAAUCCACAAAAAGAGUUCGUAAAAGUUUGUACUCUUUCACAAACAUCGUCCCUAACAUAUGCACUUGGCGUGCAUUUUGUAUUUUCUUCCAUAAACACUUGUUCGUACAUUUUUGUUUAUCUGACAAAACUUUUCGAACAAAUCCCAAAAUGUUACGAACAUUUUUUGUGUUUACGAACAUUUACAAAAAAAGGUCAAACAUUUACGAACUUUUUGUCGUGGGGGGUUAGAAGCGUCACCAAAAACACAUAUUUUACCUAUAUUAUUUGUUCCCGUUUUCAACUUAAAACCUUUUCGUAUUGUCUCUAAAGUUACUCAACUUUAUGUCCAUUCAGUAUAUAGGGUAAGUGUGCAAAAUUCCGGCCAGCUUGCAAUUUCGGCCACCUUUUUUGUUCCUCAAAUUUCCAUGAACUUUUAGAUUUUACGUACUCUAGAGAUUAUACAAUGCAAAAGAAUUACAAAAAAUGUAGAUUCGACAAACGAGAUGACGCGAAAAAGAAAUUGGAAGAAUUCCCGAAGGGCAAGGAACUAUGAGAAUGAAGGUGGCCGAAAUAGGGCACCAAAGCUAUGUCUAUAUUUUUAUUCAUUUUAAAAUGUUUUAAGAAUGAUUUUAGAGUAAAUAAAGACAGUAAACUCUUUACAAGGUACCAAGCAACAUUCUUUAAGAAGUAAGAAUUAAAAAAAUCAAUUUGAAUUUAAAAUAAUUAAAUUUCAAACUUGAGACUUUGACGCUUGCAUGCAACUAUGCUGAAAUUUGGCACACUUACCCUACAAAUGUUUUCCAUUUUGCCAAAAGCAAAUUACUAUCCCAGAUAAAGAGUAUAAAAGAAUGCGUCUCGUGCUUCGUGAGAUGUACGAGUUUUAUACACAAUCUGAACUAUCUUAUACCAGAGCUGUGCGUAUUUUCAGAACAAUUCUAAUUUAAUAUUUUGAAGUAUUUUUUUAUUUCAACUCGAAAUCUUAAAAGAAUAUAAGGACAAAAUGCGUUUUAGGACCAAGAGGAGCGCCAAGAAAACUCUGCAAGAAAUUAGGUACCCCCAAAAAGCACCUGAAGGGAAUUUAAAGUGUCCCUUUUUACUUCAACAUGAAAUCAUGCAAAAAUAUAAGAGCGAAAGCGAAAUGCACCCCCUCAGGUACGCUACUGAUGUGAGGUUAUGCUAAACAUAACCUUUAAGCUAUUUGGACUUCGAAUAGAAAAAUAUUAAAAUUCAAGAGACAAGGGUUUAUAAUUUUAUCUAGGCUAUUUAAACUUUUCAAAGUUUUUUUCUAAUUUAGAAAAUAUCUUAUUCUAAUCUCAUGUUUUUGAGAUUUUCCACCUAAUAGCGAAAUAGAGCGCGGCUAGAGAUUCCCUUGCAUGCCCGAAGGAGAUUUAUAUUGGCAAAAAUAAACGAUCAGUAAAAAAUUCUAAAUGGGCAGUAAAAUAUUAAAAAUGAGCAGUAAAAUAUCUAAUUAUGGUCAGUAAAAAACUUAAAUCUUUAUAAAAAUGGGCCUAAUUUACAUAUUUAACAUUUAAAAUUGUUCCAUAUAGAGUAAAAAGCCUUUUAUUUUCCCUUUUCCAAAAUUUCGACGAUAAUAUCACUGUUUCAAUUUUUUUUUGUUACUGAUCAAUUUUAACUUUUUACUGCUCAUUUAUUCAAUGCCAUUUAUAUUUCCCUCCUCUCGCUCCAAGCAAGGCGUUACUGGCAGUGUAGGUUCUGUCGCCUACCAUGUGACAGUAGACACUUUCAGUCAGUCGGUAACAUGCCCUGGAAAUGUGCGUAUGUCGUAAACCUCGGUCUCUAUGAGGAAUCUUUCAUGUUAAAAGUUCGACAACGCUGAUAAACUGAAUAUUUUAUAAUAGAUUAUAACCUCACAUUUAGACAAUAGCUCAAUUCUAGGUUAUGUUAUUUCCAAAAUUGGGCCUCAUUUCUCUACUUGACGAAGAAUUUAGUUUGGAAAUUGUAAUAAAACCUAAAUAGAAUGGAAAAGAACGAUGAUGGGCCUCAUUAUCUUAUUUGGCCAAUUGAUUAAUUCGAAACUUUAUUUUAGGUUAUAUGUGUAAAUCGGAAAGUACAAGUAGGAAAGGACUAUUACAAGAUUUCCACAUAUAACCAUCCACAGCCGUCAAAUUUUAUCCUCUUAGGUUACGUUUAACCUAAACUGAAAAGCACAGUUCAUAUUUUGUGAGGCAGGACCUCUCAAUAAUAUAUACAGCUUAGAUGAUUUCUGUCAAAUAUUAUGACAAAGAGAUCAUCUCAUGUAAAAAGUUUUAAAUUAAUAAUUUUUUGAUUUCUAACCUCAAAAAUACCAUAAAUUCUGGCUUUUUAAAAUAUUUUUGUGAUUUUAUUGAAUUCUGAACUACAAUAAAAAUGUUUUAGGUUUUUAAAUGACAAGAGGAAAUUUUUACAUUCAAUUUGAAAAUGUACAGAAAUUUUCUUUCCUGAGGUUAGGUCAAACAUAACCUAAAAAACUAUAUCCUUCUCUACCUAACAAGAAAAUUGGAUCCAGUAUACUUAUGAAACAAAAAAUCAAACUUAUUACUUAAUUUGGCCAAGUUAAUUAUUAUUUAAUUUGAAAGUUUUAUUUUACAACAAAUCUAACCUAAAAAUUCUUUUUUUGUCGUAAUUUGAUGUUCUUCUUAUUUGAUAGGAUUUCUAAAUCUAAAAUGUAGUAGAAGUUAAUGACGACAGGAAAUAUAAUUGAUCUACCAGUUCUUUAGUUUGCAUAUUAAUCAAAUUUUAAUUUUUGGUCUUUGCUAGAAACUUAACAAAUCUUGACUACUUAAAUUAAAUUAUUUCUGUGUAUUCUUUUGCUAAAUAUUCUAAUUUAAUAAUUUCUUCAAAUUUCAUGCAAGCUUGCAAGCUCGUUUUUUAUCAGCAAUCUAGCCACUUGGCACAAGAAAGAUUUAUGAUAAUGACCCUCAUUCUCUACGUUCUCUACUUUAAUCAAUAGAAUAAAAUUAUGUAGGUCGGGAUUUGAAGUAAUUUAUAGUUUGAUUCUAUUAUUUGGUAGAGAGAUUAUAUUAGAAUUUGAGGUUAUGUAUAUCCUAAACUUUAAAAAGAUAAUCAUUUCAUGAUAGGAAAUAUCCAACUUCAAUUUAACAUAUAAUCUUCGUACAUAUUUUAAAAAAUCUAUAAAGUUUUGAUUUGAGAAUCUUACGAACACUCCAGAACUAUUUUAAAUAGCUGAGAUGUGUUAUAUGAGGUUAGAAUUUGAUUUAUUUAAUUGAAAUGAGAUAUAUAAUUUGAGAUUAGUAUUUUUGUCACGGCUGAAUUAUUGAUAAAACUUCUUCUGCAUAAUAUAUCCAGCGUUUUUGAAGUGAAGCUUGACAUAACCUAAAAUUAACCUAUAUGGGAUAAUUAUGAGAACCAAUUCUAUAAUUUAAUAAAUAAUAAUAAAUCUAAAAAAAAACAAAUGAAUUCACCAUGAUUUUAUUUUAAAAAAAAACUGCUACAUUGGGAGAAUUUUUUAAGUAUCCUUCAUUCAGAAUUUCAAUAGCUCUUUGGAGGUUAUGUUCAACAUAACCUUACUUUAGCCAAAGAAGAGAAUUAUUCCCAAUAUUAUGAGAAAGAUCUAAAAAUCUUCACUGCCGAUCAUUUGUGAAACUGUACAGUUAUUUGGGUUAAUUGUGAAUAAUUGUCGGUAUUACAACAAAAAAAUUGGGAUGAAAUUUUGAGCUGGAAGACUCAUAUUCUUUUGAGCUGUCUCAAAAUUCAGGAUAAGUUUGAGAGAAAUCCUUUUGUACAACACUAUUUUGGUUAAUAAGGAAUGCAAAAGUACAUAUUACAAGAAGGGACAUGACCUGCUAAUAAGGAUAAAAUAGAGAAGAAAAUAUUUUGUGGCAUUUCAGAGAUUGUUGUCAUUUGAAAUGACAAUUUUAUCAUCGUUCUACUUAAUUUAGUACCAAGUUUGAGAAAAUUUGGCACAUUUUCUCAAUUUUUGGCUAAAAAUAGAAUUAACAAAAAGGAAAUUCUAGAUCUAACCUCAAAUAGUUGACUAGUCUUUACCCCUAGAAUUUUCUUCCCAAUAUUUCAUAAUCCUUCCAGAUUUUUGGGGUUACGCUCAACAUAACUCUUAAUUCUUCACUAACUUCUUGGAUAAUUAAAAGAAUGAAGCGGAAUAUGCUAAAUGUUUAAGGUUAGGUCUGCCAUAACCUCACAAUUAACCUCUCUAGCUAGUCUUACAAGUUUUCCUUAAAUAAAUUACUAAAUUUAAUAAGCUUUUGAGACAUAACCCUUGAAACAAAUGGACUGUUCAUAAAAUAUUUUCUUUUAUUUUUCGAGCAAUAAAAAAUUGUAAAACUUUAUGGAAAAAUUGGGACAUUUUCUGUGAAAAAUGUGAAAAUAAAACCAUGCACGAUGGGAAGAGCUCUUCCUACUAUUUCUAAACUAGAAUUAGCUCAUAUAUUUUUAUGGUAGCGCAUUUUAAAAUUCUGUCAAUGGAGAAAUUGUCUAUGCAGCGGCAUUUUGGACUGCCAUUAGGCAAGUGAAUAAUGCAACAACAACAAAAAAAAGAAGUGCACGAUAAAGUUGGUGGAAUUGAAAAUUGAGUGAUAAAAUGUUACCAACCCAAAAACAUUUCCUCACACAAAAUUUUCUUUUCGUGACAUACCAACAAAGUAAUUAUAACUUUGCUGUGUUGCUGGCAAGCGGAAUUUCAAUGGAAUAAAUUUAAAAAGUUGAUAUUGAAAUUAUUUCUACAUUAUGCAAAAUUACUAACUAAUAUUGCAGUAUUUUAAUGAGAGAGAGAGAUAUUUUCUGGUAAAUUUUCCAAAAUAUGCAGCAAAUUGCGUGGAAUAAAAUUUAUUUAUUUCUUUUUGAAUGGUUCAAACAAGAUAUACUUUGGAAAAUUUUUGGGUAAUUAAUGCUGUGAAGCUAAAAUUAUUUCCCCUUGAAUUCACUCAUUUUAAACUAUCAUAAAAUGUACAAUUAUUAGAUUAUUCCACCGAAAUAAAUUCCUAGACACAUGGCUUUUCCCCACUGAAAGAUAAUAUUGCUGAGAAAGUGACUCUCAAAAUGCAUAUCACCGUAAUUUUCUCCCAUUUACCCUUCAAAAUGACUUAGUAUAUUGUUAUCACAGUGAUCUAUUUAUCAAAAAAUAGCAUAUUAUAGUAAUAGAGAGUAAAAAAUCAUGAGGAUUAUUUAGCAAAAAAAAGGACGGCAAAAGAUGCAUUUGUUAAAACAGGCAAAAGUGUUAAUAGGGCGUAAUUUAAAAAAAAAAGUAAAACCGUAGAUACGAAAAAAUGGAAGAAAAAUCUGUAACGUUUGAGGUCAUACAAUUGUUACAUUUUGUAGUUUAUAUUUAUAAAAUGACGAAAAAAAAACUAUUAUCCAAUAUUGUGUCAUAUCGCUGUGUAUGUUGAAGAAAUUAUUAAUAGUCAUUAUAAAUAAAUAAUUUCAAAAAAUGAGACUUGAA